AUGGACGCUACUGUGACGGUUGAUUUCCGGGGUGACAUAGCUGUACUACGAAUGAACACACCUGAAAACAGAAUGAAUCUCCUACUCAUAUCAGCUGUAGAUGAAGCCUUGGAUCGUAUUGAAAGAUCCAAUGCAACCGCACUGGUAACAAUUGGAACUGGUAAAUUUUAUUCUAAUGGUAUGACAGCUGAAGAUUUUUACAUAAAAGAUCUAACAGCUAGUUACAGAAUGUUAAAAAAAUGGAAUCAAUUGACAACAAGGAUGCUGAUUUUCCCAAUGCCCACGGUGGCGGCAAUAAACGGAAAAAAAUGUUUUGAUCGAGAUUCGUUGAAAGUUAUGAAAUCGGAUAUGUACAGUGAUGCAGUGAGCUGUCUGACUACGUUUCACACACCUGAGUCAACAUCGUCAAAACUAUAG